GAAUUGGAACCGAUUCUCGUGGUUAUGUUGCAAACGAUGACAGUUUAGCUACAGCACCAUCGGCGAUGGUGUCAUUGCAGUUGGAUUUUAGUGGUGGAGAUGGUGAUAGUGCGUUCAGGAGAAGGGUCUUACCACCGCUAGGUUUGAACUUGGAGCGUCAUCAUCAGGAUGGGGGAUGA